AUGUCCUCUCUGAGGACUACCCCCUCGCUGUUCCUGCUGCUUCUACUGUGGUUAUGCGCUGACCGCGUGGUUGGGGAAGAAACCGCCUUUUAUAAAUCUAGACCCGAUAUCUAUCCUCCCGUAUUCAAGGUGGAAAAGUCCGACCCGAAUAAAUUGAGCCCGGGCUAUAUCUUCAUCACACCAUAUGAACUGUCAAACCCCGGCCCUUAUAUUUUCGACAACACAGGGGAGUUGGUAUGGAGUGGCUGGGGUACUUCAGGGCCCGGUAAUGCGCACGGCAUGCACGUGUGCAAAUACAAUGGCGCCGAUCACCUGUGUUUUUUCCAGGGAAAUCAACAGAAAGGAUAUUGCCGUGGUCAUGGCAUCAUCAUGAACAAGCAGUACCGGGUGGUGCGAUCUGUGCAGCCCGGUGGAGGAAUGGCUUCCAGUGACAUGCACGAGUUCCGUCCGAUCAACGGUGGCAAGACUGCGUUGAUGACUAUCUACCAACAACGCCAGUUCGAUAUGACUCCUUGGAACGUCAAGACCGGCGUUGGAUGGUUGAUGGAGAGUGUGUUCCAGGAAGUGGAUGUCGAGACUAACAAGGUCUUGUUUGAGUGGCGCUCGCUUGAUCAUGUUGAUCCUUCUAUGAGUUAUACCUGGCCUGCGCAUACGGAUACCUCUGGGACUGGACUGAAUGUGCACGAGCCGUGGGAUUACUUCCAUAUCAAUUCUAUCGACAAGAACGCCGAUGGUGACUAUCUGGUUUCGUCGCGGCAUACAUGUGCCAUUUACAAGAUUUCUGGAAAAGACGGUUCGGUUCUUUGGAGAUUACAUGGCGCGCAGCCGACGUUCAAGAAUAUCAACUUUAGCUUCUCGCAGCAGCAUGAUGCGCGGUGGUUAUUCGAAAACGCAACACACUCCGUUGUCUCGCUUUAUAACAAUGGCUAUAAUGGCUUCAACAGGACUCAUACUUAUUCAUCUGGUAUGAUUAUUUUGAUUGACCAUGUGGAGAACACGGCGCUCCAGCUUCGUGAUUAUGCGCCUAUUCAACAUGACCUGGUUAGCUCAAGCCAGGGAAACCUACAGAUGCUACCGAACAGAAAUGUAUUUAUCGGAUGGGGCAACAAUCCAUUUGUAUCUGAGCACGACGAGGCAGGCAAUCUGCUGUUCUGGGGUGCAUUUGCCAAAGACACCGUCAUGAACUACCGCGCCAUGAAGUUUGAAUGGGAUGGUAUGCCAACCGACUCACCAGCUCUAUGGACCUAUUCCCGCACCGCCGAGCCAAUCUCCCCAACAAGCUUCUACGUCAGCUGGAACGGGGCGACCCUUGUCAAAACAUGGCGAUUCUACGGCGCCAUGAACCUGACCGGGCCGUGGACCUUGCUGGACGAUGUUGCCAAAACCGGCUUCGAGACCGAAUACACAAACGCCAGCUUCUACCUCUGGUCCAAAGUCGAGGGCAUAGACAGCGAAGGGAAAGUCCUCGGCAAGUCCGAAACAAAGUACACCUUCGUGCCCUCAUCCGAAUUGCGCGAAUUCUGCGCAGACUCUACCUGCCUCGAUGCCCCAGGCUACGGAUUCCCAGGCGAAGAAGCUGCCCAGCCUUUCAUCCCGCCGGUCGGCGUCAAUACCGUCCCCUGGAUCGACCCCGACAAUCCAGGUUCCAAUAUCUGGACAUACCCCACAAACUAUCCACACACAUCAGGCACAAUGACCUACUCAAAUGGGUGGAACAUUGGCCGAUUACUCGCCUGGGGCGGAGUCUGUCUCGUGGCGAUCCCCUUCUUUACCGGUAUCCACUUUGCAUAUCGCUAUUAUAGCAAGCAUCAGCACGACCACCUGCAGGACCAGGAGUCCUCUGCGCCUCUCAAUACGCCGACUAUUGCCGGAUGCUCUAGAACGUUUGGGGGAUCGAGUAUGGCUACAGCAACUGGUGAAGCUGUCACAGAGUGCCAAGACUUCCGUCGUCAGAACGGGUGA